UUGUAUGAUUGUAGUCUGACAACCAUGUACACACAGCCAUGAUCAUGUUUAAAGUAUUUUUAUCCUCCCCUUCCCCUUUCCUCCUCACAGGACAGAAAUAUGAUCCACACAUAACAGACCAUCUGCAAAUGCCAGGCAGGGAGCUGUAAGGUUCCCAAUAUAACCCAAGAGCUUGGCCAGCUGGAGGGGUCCAGUCAGUAGCCUCAGUGCAUGCUGCUGCUGGUGAGGUGGCCAGCAUCCUGCCUGCUCUUCUUUUGGUUUGUGUACACCACCUGUGGAAAUGGACAGCGUGAAUAAAGAGGAGGUUUCAGAGGAGGUUGAGAUUGAUUUGGGAGACUCCAGCGAUCCUGAAGAAUUUGAAAUUGAGGAGGAACCAAAGACGCUGUGGAAGGCCCAGCCCUCUGUGGAGGAGGAGGAAAGCAUUCACACUUCGACGCUGGUGGAAAUCAGUGACACCAAGCCUCUGAUUACCUCCAGAGACCCCAGAUGUGUAAAUGACUGCCUCAAGGUGACGUUUGAGGAUGUGAUUGCAGAGCCUGUGUCGGUUCGCAGCGGAGACAGAGUGUGGAUCUGGAGCCACGCCCUGUUUGAGGUGUGCAGAGUCUGGAUUUACAGGAUAAUCACUGUCCUUUUGGCCAUUCCCUUGUCCAUUAUCACUGGUUUCCUGUUCGCAACCCUCAACUGCUUCCACAUCUGGAUGGCCAGUCCGUGUAUCCAGUGCGUCCUCAUUGGUGCCAGCUGGCUGCAGAGCUUCUGGAGCAUCGUCCUGCGUGUCGUCGUGGAUCCUCUCAUUAUGAGUGCUGGAAGAUCUUGCAGCGGCUUCAGCAUUCACCUGGCCAAAGAGUGACAAGGGUUAAUUGAGCAAACUGGAUUUGCCCAGGAUAAGGACAAACUCACUCGUGGGGAAGGGGACUAAAUCUGAGUGAGGAAAGGAUUUCUGGAGUCUUUAAUAUUUAUGCAGCCAUUCAGUAUUUUAUACCACACUCCUGAUUCAACGUGCCUUCAUUAUGAUGACUGUUAAA